AUGUAGCGUGACCUCGAAAGGUUAAAAAUUAACCUAUCUGCCGCCAAACUUGCUUCAAAGCCACUGCCUCGAACCGGAGACACUUCACGCAGCUGUGCCACCGUCCAAUCCACGCCUUUUUCUGCCCCGCGGUGAAUCACCGCGAUAUCUCUGUCUUGCUUGCGCUCAGAAAUUUCAAGAAAAAGGCUGUUUGGACGUUCUGUGGAGUCAAUGCUGGGCUUCGAGGAACACAUGAUGACUGUUGAUGAUGAGAAUUUAUCAUCAUCGUCAUCAAACAGCUACAAGUUGGUGCCAUGGUUGAGUUGGGACGAGUGGGAUUUCAUCAGAGAAUCCCUCUUCUCGUCUUCUGCAGAUAAGGUUGCCUCUGCUGUCAAUAGAAUAUCUACAUGGAAAAGCAGAGGAUGCCUACCUGUUGUUAUUGAUGUCACAGCUUCAAUCAUUGAGAUUCAACAGAGAGAUCCUUAUUACAGAGAUAAAGAGGAACAAUCACCUGAUGUUUUGAAGUCAGAGCAAUUGCUGGCCAUGCUAUAUUGCAUGUCAAUCUUGAGGCUUGUGAAUUGUGUUGUUGAGAAGACACGAAGAAAAUCAGAGUUUUCAAUUGCUGAAGCUGCUGCUGCUAUUGGUAUCCCUCGUAAACUAAUUGAUGUUCGUCAUGAGGGUUCUCAUCGUGAUCUUCCUGCACUGCAAGUAGUUCGGGAUUGCUCAAACAAGGCAUUGGAUUGGUUGAAAGCAUAUUACUGGGAGCCUCAAAAAAAGCAGAUUCCAUUUCAAAGAGAUACAACUGCUGACAUGCGAAGAGAUAUUAAGUCAAAAUUCCAGGAAUUGGCUUUCUGCUUAAAAUCUAAGGAGAACAGCCAAGUUGGUUCAUCAUUAGUCAAAGUAAAACGUGGCAAAUUUUCUGAACGGCUUUGUGGCCGUAAUAAGUUUGUCUCAGUUGUGGUUGGCAAGCUCCAUUCAUCCAAAUCUGGAGGUUAUAAGAAGAAAGUGACCAGGUGCUUGAAAACUCUUGUCCAGUUAUACUCUUCGUUCUCAUCAGAAAUGGUAUCUGUGUUGCUGGAGUUAUUGCUGAAUGCUUUAGAUUCCUUAAAUUUGGAGUUUCAAAACAAUUCCCAUGCUGGCCAAAAUAUGCACAUGGCUUUCAAUGAUUGGAAGCCUGUGUUAAUUAGAUUCUUGCAUAAGGAGCCAGAAUUACUUCUGACCCUCCUUCAUACAGUUCUCAAUAUGAUUGGAAAUGAAGGAGCCAAAAAAUAUGAGUCUGUGAAUUUUUUUGUAGGGCAACAAAAUCAGACAUCAUCAGAAUAUAGAACAGAGACUCAUCGAGAAGAACACCUUUCUUAUCUGUUUGCUUGGCUGGUUGGACUUCUAAGGAGACUAAAGCCUCUUCAGGGCACAGAUACUGCAGCUGAAGUCAAAGUCUCUGCAUUAGGGAAAAAUAUGUCAAACGGAGUUCAAAUGAAGCUCCUGCAAAAAUGUCUUCUAGUGGCUCCUGGCAACGAGAAGCUUAUGGAUUCAGCCCUGCAGCUUGCAAAGCUGCUUGGAAAUACCAAAUUACUAGAUAAACUCAACAAGCUCUCCACGAUAUAUUCACCACAUAUAGGUUUUAAUGAAGAAAACUCUUCUGACUUAAGUUCCAAGAAGCUUGUUCUCCAGCAUGAGGACUUUAUCCAUCAAGCAGCUAAGAAGCUUGAGUUGGUUAAACGUCACAGGAUGCAGAGCAAAGUUGUUAACACAGGUGAUUGUAAAGCAGAAACUUUGAAUAGAUGGGCUGUGGCAAAAUCAUGGAACCCAUGCCCAAUUGGUAUGUUGCCUCAGGAUCUUGGUUCGUCCGGUUAUCUUCCUAGUCUUGACUGCUACAAUAACAAACAAAGUGAACCCGAUCUAUCAGAAAGGAAAGAGAGGUGGGAUCUGAGCCAAUGUAGCAGCAAGAGAGAAUCUAGCAUUAAUAUUCAGAUGUUAGAUAACUCAAGUGUCAAGAAGAUGAAAGCAACUGUAGAAGAUUGUGAAAUGAACAACGAAGAAGCUUCGUCAUUUGAAGGUGUCAAGGGCCAUUUGAUGAUAGGGGGUGUUUGGAAGAAAGUUGGAGAAGUAGAACUGCGUUCUAUCGAGUCUGGUAUAAGGAUUCUGGUUUAGUUAGAUAUUAAUUCUACUGGGUUUUUUAGUCGUGUGAUUUAUUUAUACAUUGGAAACAAAUGCCAAUGCUCCAAUUUUGGUUUAUUUAUUUCAUUCCAACUGAUUUAUAGUUUCA